AUGUCAAAUUUGUUAUUUCUGGUCGAAUUAGGAUCAGAAGUGAAGACCAUUGGUUCCGAACCAACCCAAGCUCUUUUGCGAAUUCAGUGUCAGGCAGACUUGGAUCAACUGCUCAGCGAAUCCGUCGUUUUUACUCUACUCUCAGGUAAGGAGUUUAAUCCGUGUACGUUAUCCCAUGCUUUGCAAACGCUCUCUUUAGAGCGAUCAUUAGGCCCAAAAUUGCUGGGAGUCUUCCCAGGUGGUCGCUUUGAGCAGUUCAUUCCCAGUCGACCACUUCAGUGCAGUGAAUUGAGUAAACCAUCAAUUGGAAAAAUUGUGGCACCUAUGCUAGCUAGAGUGCACACGUUGGAUGUUCCAAUAACGAAAGAACCUCAAGUUAUGAUGUGUGCCCGAGGUUGGUUGGCAAAGUUCAAAGAAAGCGAUGCUGGCGCACAUCCAGUUGAUAUCCGCUGCACGGCUGCGUCAGUCCCUUCGCAAUGUUACCCCUCCAAAAUCACGUGUGAAGAACUGGAAGAAGAGUUGGACUUUGUUGAGGAGUUUCUUAGGAAAAGCCAAAGUCCUGUUGUUUUCUCACAUAAUGACUUACAGGAAGGUAAUAUUCUUUUAUGCGCCGAUUAUCACCUGAAUGGAGAUGGUUCUAUACGAUCUCGGUCUGGUGAAAAUGAUGUUGUCGACCCCUUAGUUUUGAUUGAUUUUGAAUACUGCAGCUAUAAUUAUAGGUAAGU